AUUACCAAUAAUUUGCAUGUGAAUUUCUGUCAAUAUUACGAUGUUUCUGCGCGUUCGAAAGUGAAAUGUGUCGGAAAACUAAACCAUGGAAAUAAUCGGGGAUACGAUGGGCUCUCUGAAGCCCGUUUUUGACGCCUGUGAUCAAAAUGGAGACGGAUUCGUUAAGACGAAAGACCUUUUACGGCUCAUUCAACAGCAUACGGACAUCGCGAGCGAGGAUAUUGCUAGUAUGAUUGGAUUCUUAGAUCCAAAUGAAAAUGGUUCAAUAUCUUUUGAUCACUUUUGCGAUGGAGUCAAGGAGUUCAUGGUUGCUAAUAAUGAUCAUGGUGAUUUUGACCAUGAUAAUAACAACCUGAAAGAUAAACAGACUGAAAAAGAUCAUGAUGACGAACUGGAGGCAGAUCUUUGUUCACACAGUACUGCAUCUACAAAUGAUUACAACGGAGACUUUGAUGAAGAAAGUUUAGCAGAAGAAUAUCUUAAUCCUGGGUCUGGUUUUCAAAGGAAUGGAAUAUAUUCAACAUAUCCACCGAAAGGAAAUCUUAAAAAGAAAGAGCCACCGCUUUCUCAAAGGUUGAUGGCACGUAAUGUGUUAGAUGAAAGUUUGAGUGAGACUAGCGAGUAUCAGUCUGAUAAUGGUGGAUAUAAUGGGUUUAGUGAGGUUAUUGAGGAUGUCAGUCUGGGUCCUAUUUCAAGUACACCAACUAUGAAAAGGAAGCAUGGAAAGCUUAGAAGAAAGAACAACAACUUCAUGUCACAUUCACUAAACACAAGUCCUCACAGAAGUUACGAUGAUUUUGAAAAGGCAAUCUCUGACAAUGAAGCUAAUUUGAGCACGUUAUCAGAUAAGAUAUUCCGUUUAACAUCUGAGGUAACGACUUUACAAGAGGAUAAUUCAAUCAACCUCAAUAAACAUAACAAGAUGAAACAGGAUAACAAAACUUUGACAGAAAGAAUAAAUGCUCUCGAGGAGUUGUUGGAGCAGCAAAAAAUCUCAACUGAUGAAAAAGUUGCGAACGAAUCUAGAAAAUAUAACGCUGCUUUGGCAAAACUAGAGCGAGAAAGUGAAGAAAGACUUGAACGACUUCAAAACAAGCUCAAUGAAGCAGACGAAGAAAUUACUCAGUUGAAACAAGUUGAUCCAAUGUUAAGACGUGAAUUAGAAAUAUGUCUACAGGAAAAACGAAAUCUUGAGGAAAAGCUAGAAAACUUGGAAUACAAAUUGAGUGAAAAAGAUCGCGUAAUUGAAGAACUUGAUGAGAAGCUUCGCUCUGAGAGAACGAAAUUUGAAGAGGAAAGACUCGGCCACACUCAGGAAAUAGUCGAGUACCAAAGUCGUAUAGAUGAAUUAAGAAAUUUCAAGAAAGCUGCGGAGUCCCGUUUACCAGAUUUCGUCAGCGUCGCUGCGGAAAAAGGAGAUCUUGAAGAUCAACUCAGAGCUCUGCAGAAGGAAAAUGCUGACUUGGUUCAAAGCAGAGAUGAAUUGAAGGUUCAACUAAUCCAGCAAGGAAAAUGUCUUCUUGAAAAGAACACAUCAUUAGCUGACGAACUAUUAACCGCUGACAAGGAGGAUGUGCUGAAGGCUCUUCGGGAACAGGAGACAUUAAACCACAGGUUACGAGCGUACACAGACAGUAUAUUAAUGAUGAUUAUGGAAUAUCAUCCAGAGUUACUAGAAAAAUAGUUUAUUCGACGCCAAAAAUGACGUGAAGACGACAUAGUUUUUAGCCCUGGGUAUCGCGGCUGCCCUGUUCCCUUUUAUACAGUCAUGAUUUCCGCAUAGAAGAAAAUUUUCUACCUAAUUUUAAAAGAACUUCGCAAACGAGACAAAGAAUCAUGAUGUGACCAUCGUAAAAACGAACUGAUCUCGGGAAUAGCGGAAAAUGACGCCAAUGAACCAAUCUGUACAGUUUACCCAAGUCUCACCAUUUUUAAAUCACAGUGCAUGAUGGGAUCGCUCAUAGGCAGUCUAGAAAUCAACCUCGUUCCCAGAAAUGUCUUCGUUCUCGUGGCGCUCACGCGUGUACGCGAGUCUACUCGCUCUAUUAGUAUUGGUUUAUUAUUAUUACACGC